AUGUUUUACGAGCAUAGAAAGACUUCAGAUUCUCUUGAUGAAAGCUAUCAAGUUGAUCACAAAUAUUCUAUCACUGAUAAUCAACUUGAUGAGACAGAUAUUAAUACGAACAGCAGAAGCCCAGAUUUCCUGAAGGUUUAAGCUGACAUUGUAUAUGAUAGCGGAUUUGAUUAUCCUAAAUCCAAUAGAAAACAUAACUCAAAUCAAUAUUUUCUGAGAGAUUCCAAAGAAUCUAUUUAACAUAUUUAACAAGACACUAAGAAUCAUUAUAGAAAUUUAACAAUUCUAAAAAAUCAAAACAAUGUGCAGAGCAUAGCCGUAAAUAUGGGAUCAGGUGUAAUAGGCACUGGUGGAUUUAGUGGAGGUGGAUUUGAUCAUGACUUGGAAUGCGAGGAAACUGAUUUCAAGUAUCUAGAUGAGGUAAUCUUCAAGGUUAAGGAGGGACUAGAAUAGUAAUACCAAUUGUCUGAUUAUAUUGAGGCUCUACUUUAGGAAAUAAACAUAGAAAUCAACGAAGAAUGGGAAGCUAUAAUAGCUGAGGCGAAAGAAAACUAUAAAACACAUAAAAAACUAAUUGAUAUUUCAUGUAAAUAAUAUUUUCUUAUUCCUUAAUCUACUUUAGCUUUUUUGCUAGAGCGCACAUAAGUUUCAGUAACAGAAGGCAAAGGUCUCUAAGCACUAAAUAACAAUCUACUUAAAGAAAUUUCAAGAGUCAAAGAAUAAAAUGAUUUCCUAGUUGAAGAAUUAAAGGGUCUCCAGGUGAAAAACAAGAAUCAAAAUGAAGCUUUGAGAUAAUAAGAUAAAACAAUCUAGUCGAUGAAUGAAUAGAUUUAAUAUCAACUGGAUAUGAUUAGAAAGUUGGAAAAAGACUCAAUCGUUUCAAACCCUUCUUCUGCUAGGAACUCAUUGCUUAAACCAGGAGAGUAUCCUGAUUUUUAAAAUUAAUUAAAUGAAAAGAACAAAAAGAUUGAAGAAAUAGAAUAAUAUCUGAGCGAGUAAACUAGUAAUUAUCAUUCUGAAGUCUAUAAAAAUCAGAAUCUUCAGGCUUUACUUAAGAAGCAAAAAGAGGAAAACAGUUUACUUAAAGAUUAAAUUGAGCAGCUAUAGUACUUUAUGGAAGAAAAAGAUGAUAGAAUCAUUGAAAUAGAAGGGUAAUAUAGGAUGAUUGAGGAAUAACUUACAAGGAAAGAAUAUGAAAUAAAAAAUAUGGUAACCAAUGUAAAUUAAUCCUCAGGAAUGAUGAUGAGACCUUAUAAUAAAAUACAAAUGAGUAUUGAUAACCUACCUAAAUUUUAGCAUCAUCACUAGAAUAGUAUUUAAGACUUAAGCCAAUCUUAUUAAUCCAAUAUCGAAAAUACUGUUGGACAUCGAAGAAAGGUAUUUAAUUUAUGUGGAAGUUCACAAAAAUGGUCUUAAGAACUAGAGACUGCUGUAAACAAAUUAAAGAGCACCAAAAACAGUUUUAUGCAAAGAAGUUUCAUUGUCUAACAAUCAAUCAAAGAAAUAACAAGAGCUCAUCACAAACGUAUGCAAACAAUAACGAGUAAUGAGGUGAGAAAUAGCUACUCUAAUUUUGAUAUUCAGCAAGAAAACUCAGAACUUAUCAACUCUCCAGAAUUCAAUAAGAGAUAAAACAAAACUCUAAUGGGCUAGGAUUAUAUAAUAAAGGUGAGUGAAUCUAAAGAUGAGUCAAAUCCUAGUAACAACACUAACACUCAUGUACUCAGAAUAGAAGACUUUAGUCCCAACUAUAAAUCCUCAAAUAAGGUAGAUUUUUUGAAAGUUUAUUAAUCAGAGGAAAGCAAAUUUGACAUCAACGAUCAUAUAUCACCUAGAAAGUCUAAUCCAUACAGCAAUUUUAAUGAAGAUGGAGAAGAUGAGGUUGAUGAAGAAGAUGAUGAGUAAUUGGAGGACGAAGAUGUUGUCAAUUUAAAUACAGCUAGAAAAUCUAAAAGUAGUAAAAACAAAACAAAUUAGCUAAGCACAUAGAAAUCUAAUUUGAUUGGCAUUAAUGAAAGUCAGUUGAUGGAGUUUGGAGACAACAGUAACAAUCUUGGAGCUACAUAUGCUGAUCAAAGCAACUUUGAUUAUGCAGAAAAAAUUGAUGAAAGCAAGGCAUCUAUUAAAUUUAACAGAAAUUAAAAGUAACAAUCAUAAAAUGAAAGAAAUCAAGGCUCAAGCGCCACAACAAAAGACACUAAAGAACUAAGAGACUAGCUUAAUGAGUCUCCUAAUUCACUUAGAGUGCUUCCGUAAAUAGUAACUGUAAAUAACUACAAUAUCAAUUAAAAAAUUGAUAUCAAUAACUUUUUGAGUGAUGUAUAAAACUACGGAUCAUUCCAAUAAAACUUGACAAACAAUACAAACAAUAACACAUUCGACAAAAAAAGUUAAAGAAACACUACAAAACAAAAUAAAAAUUAGAAUAAUACAAGCAAGAUCAAUCUAAAAUCUAAUAAAUAGUAAAAUGAUAAAAAUACCACAUUGAAUGAAAGUGUUAUUUUAAAGAAUAGGAAAGUGCUUGAAUCUCUUUAGUCUUUUGGAAUAAAGCAAGCAAAAAAUAUGAAAGCGUCACCUAAACAACAAAUGGAGGAAAUUAAGCUAGACUUUUACAAGGAUUAAAUUAGUGGCCUAUAAAUUGGAAAUUAGCUCUCUGAAAAAUCAUUUAGAUCAAUCAAAUAAAAUUACAGUGAUCUUAAUUUAAUGACAGUUGAUGCUGAAGACAUUGAAGAUGUUUAAAGAACUUAUUUGAUAUCAUAACUUGAAUAAAAUAAUGAGAGAUCAAUGCUAGUUCAAGAAGCUGUUAAUUCCAAGAUUUGUAUUGAAGACAUUAAUUAGAGAAUUUCUAAAAUGCAAAAAGAUGCCCUUUUAGAAUAUUUUAUCAUUACAGUUUUGGCAUUUAUCAUGAAACAUCCUAAGAGGACUUCAUUACUUGAAAUUGAUAAGUUAAAGCUAUAUUAGAGUGCUAUUAAAAAUAACAUACCUUUCUAUAAAUGGAAUAGAUGGAUAGAAAAGAAAAUGAUUGAGAUCUAUCACGAAAGAAAGAGAGUCAAGAAUGCGCAGCUAAGAACUACUUUCUUUGACCCCAAAUCAUGGUUUGGAAAGCUAAAGAAAAAUCAAAGCUAGGAUUACUAAGUAAUAGAAGAUUUUUAUAAAUCAAAAUGA